AUGGCGUUCCAGGCUGAGCUCUCCAUUUUGAAGAUGACACACAGACACCUCGUAUCUGUGAUUGGGUUCUGUAACCAAGGCGUUGAGCAUCUGAUUGUUUACGAAUUCAUGGAGAGCGGAACACUACACCAAAAGCUCUUUGAGUGGAUUGACACUGGUGGCAACCCCAUGAGCUGGGAUGAGAGGAUUGUAGUGGCGCUAGAUGUGGCUAAGGGCUUGCACUACCUCCACAGUCUGUCCAGGGAGGCCUUUGUACACAGGGAUGUAAAAUGUAAAAAUAUCCUACUCGACAGGGAUAUGAGGGCCAAAAUCUCGGAUUAUGGCCUGGUGAAGGCAAUGACAGAUGAUGAGAAGUCGGUGGUGACCAAGUUAGCUGGAACUCGUGGAUACCUUGCGCCUGAGUACGCAAUGACUGGUCAUUUGUCGAUCAAAGCUGAUGUGUACACUUUUGGCAUAGUUCUCUUAGAACUUAUUACAGGUCAGACGACAGUGGACAAUGGUCAGGCAGGGAAGAAUUUGGCGAUGCGCUUUCGUCCCGUCUACAAGAGGGGCAUGGAGAAUGUGAGAGCUUUGGUCGACCGGUCACUCGACCCGGAUGCGCAGGGCCUUAAUGGAGGCUCUGAGAGAUGGCCCCAGCGUGCAGAGGAAGAGGAGGAGGAAGAAGAAGAAGCUGCUUUUGACAGGGAACGUUUUCUUCGGGAUUUGGGUAAUGAUGGAGAAGGCACCACGGCUUAUUACAGCGUCUGGGACUUGGAGCAGGGUCAGUCAGAAGAAACAGAGAUCAAUCAGCAAUUUACGUGGAGAGCUUAG